AUGGAGUUCCGAGAGAAGCUGUUAAAGUUCAAGUUCCACAUCAUCUUCGCCUUCGUGUUCUCUCUCCUCACCGUCGCUCUCGUCACUUACUCUCCAGGUUUCCUCAUCGUUUUAUCUUACUUCUGGCCUCUAUUUCUCUCGACCGCUCUAUUUCUCGCCGCCGUUUUCUUCUUCGCCCGGACCUCCGACCUUCCGACGUCGUCUACCAUCUCCAGCGAUGGCUCUGGCGUAAAGUUAGCGGCAGAGGGGAUCCUUGACUAUGUGGUCGGCGGACAAGAGGAAGAAACUCUCCUUGAUAGCUUCACUAAACUCGACUAG